UCUCUCUGUGUCUCUCUUUGUCUCUCCCUCUAUGUUAUAUGGUUAAGAUGAUGAUUGUUGUAACCAAUUGUAUUGUAGGUAUCUUCUCAUCCGCGUUCUCAAUUUUCAAUUACUCUUCCAGGCGAUGAAGUACCAAAGUGGUUCAGCUGUUGUAAAGAUGCAACACUAGUUAAAGAUGAAUACUCUGAUAGGGUUGCUCGAUGUGAAGUUUGUUUUGAAAUUCCUCCAAAUUUAGAUUGGGAGACGUUAAGAUUGGUUCUAUGUGUUGUUAUUAAAGGCAGAGGAAGGUCAUAUUUUGAUAUAGGUGAGGUAGACUCACGUGUUCAUAUCAAUAGAAAAAUGGUCCAAUCGAUAUCGAUUAUUAAAUAUGCGGAAGUUACGCGUAUUCCAGAGGAAAGUCAUAUGGCUCUUAGGUGUAUUCCAUUAUUGAAUAUGUGCAAGUUACGUGUGGGGGAAGAACUGACGCGGUUGCAGCAGGGUAAUAUGUGUCAAAUUAUAUUUGAGUUCUAUGACAUGCCCACACCCGUUAAAAUCCUCUGCGGGGUCCACCUAUUAGGCCACCAGGUUGCUGAUCAUGGGCCAAUGCAGUGGUUGCCUGAUGCGAUGGCAGUGGACGAUGAUAUUCAUGAUGAUCAACACCAAGACAACGAAUUGCUUUCCUUGCCUUCACCGUUAGAGAUUAGUCUUGGCAAGAGGCCUCGGUUAUCAGAUUUCAUGGCACUUGAUGAUGAUCAUUGUGCUAACGUCGACGACGUUUGUGAUCAUGAAGCUCAAAGAGGAGAGGCGGAUCACCCAAAGAGAAGGCACACUGAUAUUAACGAGGAGCCAAAGCAAUGAAGUUCCAAAGUGGUUUAUGUAAGCCUCAAGUUCAGCUGUCGAAACGAACCAAAUUUCUAGGCAAUGGUCUGGUAAUCAAGAGGUGUGUUGAGGUGCCAGCAAUUUCUAAGAUUCCAUUUUAAGUUGCAUAAGGCAAUACCUUCUUCUCAAUUGAUGCAUCCAGCAUUUAUCCGCAGAUGAACAAAACUGGUUGCAAGCCGGAUUUAUCUAAUGCUUUCAUUCCACACAUAUACUUUGUCUGUGAUUAUUCUAUCUCAUUCAUUGGAAUUGAUGUAUGUUGGG